ACUUUCACCAAACCUGUUAGAUUCUUGAUCACUAAACUGAAUUAAGUAUUUGGGCUUGAUUUCUUUGGCUGGCGCGUCACACGUGACUGUACCGGCUGUACCCAAGAUUCUUCAAGAUGCCAAGAUACCAAGAGUCUUCAAGACUAACUGAGCUUCCAGUCAAAUCUGAUCUUAGCAAAUAAUAACGUUUCUCAGGCACGAUCGUGUCGUGGUCUUUUCUCGGGUCUCGCCGAACUAAUUAGCCAAGAUGGUGGUGCGUUCGUACGACGAGGAGCUCAAGUACUUGGAGCGCCUGACACCGCACAGCUGGCGCAUCAAGAAGGGCUUCCAGCCGAACAUGAACGUGGAGGGUGUGUUCUACGUGAACUCGCAGCUCGAGCGGCUGAUGCUGGAUGAGCUGCGCAACUCGUGCCGGCCCGGCGACGUCGGCGGCUUCCUGCCCGGUGUGAAACAGAUCGCCAACGUGGCCGCGCUGCCCGGCAUCGUGGGACGGUCCGUCGGACUGCCGGACGUGCACGCCGGAUACGGGUUCGCCAUCGGCAACAUGGCCGCGUUCGACAUGUCCAACCCCGAGUCGGUGGUGUCUCCGGGCGGCGUCGGCUUCGACAUCAACUGCGGUGUGCGACUGCUGCGCACCAACCUCAGCUACAAGGACGUGCAGCCCAUCCAGGAACAACUGGCGCAGAGCAUGUUUGACCACAUCCCGGUGGGCGUGGGCAGCAAGGGCAUCAUCCCGAUGAACGCCCAGGACUUGGAAGAAGCGCUGGAGAUGGGCAUGGACUGGUCCCUACGGCAGGGUUACGUAUGGGCCGAGGAUAAGGAGCAUUGUGAGGAGUUUGGGCGGAUGCUAAACGCCGACCCGUCCAGAGUCAGCACGCGCGCCAAGAAACGCGGCCUACCUCAGCUGGGUACCCUGGGCGCGGGUAAUCAUUACGCCGAGAUCCAGGUGGUGGAUGAGAUCUACGACCCGUGGGCGGCCAGCAAGAUGGGCGUCGAGUUCAAGGGUCAGGUGUGCGUGAUGAUCCACAGCGGCAGCCGCGGCUUCGGCCACCAGGUGGCCACCGAUGCUCUGGUUCAGAUGGAGAAGGCGAUGAAGCGGGACAAAAUUGAUACCAACGACCGCCAGCUGGCCUGCGCGCGCAUCAGCUCCAAGGAGGGCCAGGACUACCUCAAGGGCAUGUCGUGCGCGGCUAACUUCGCCUGGGUCAACCGCAGCUCCAUGACCUUCCUCUGCAGACAGGCGUUCGCGAAACAGUUCAACAUGGCUCCCGACGACCUGGACAUGCACGUCAUAUACGACGUCUCACACAAUAUCGCCAAGGUGGAGGAGCACUUCAUCGACGGCAAGCAGAAGACACUGCUCGUCCAUAGGAAGGGCUCGACGCGGGCGUUCCCGCCUCACCACCCGCUGAUCCCGGUCGACUACCAGCUGACUGGCCAACCGGUGCUGAUCGGAGGAACCAUGGGCACCUGCAGUUACGUGCUGACGGGCACCGAGCGGGGCAUGCUGGAGACUUUCGGGUCAACCUGCCACGGCGCGGGGCGAGCCAUGUCCCGGGCCAAGUCGCGGCGCAACCUAGACUACCAGCAGGUACUGUCCAAAAUGAACGACCUGGGCAUCUCAGUACGAGUAGCCUCGCCCAAACUCGUCAUGGAGGAGGCGCCCGAGUCCUACAAGAACGUCACAGACGUGGUAGACACUUGCCACGCGGCCGGCAUUAGUAAAAAGUGCAUCAAGCUGAAGCCGAUCGCCGUCAUUAAGGGCUGAUGGCGCAGAGGGCGCUGUGAGCGUUGUUCGGAGCUGUUCCACCGGCGGGACGUCUGUCGAUGGGCGCCACGGUGGGAUGCUGCCCAAGUUCUGUGAUCGAGACUGGAUGCUGGUGCGGGCUCCAACUGUCCCAGGAUCUGCAGUGUGGUAUUGUGGCUAGCAGGCUGCAGUGUGUGUGCUUUGUGUGUUCUCAGCCUUCCAUGAGGUUAAAGUCGUCACCAUUGGCAACGAUGGCCCAUUGUGUGGUGUAACCAUGGCUCUAGGACACACCGAUCUUGAAUAUACCGAUGCAACGUACUGUGAAGGUGAUAAUAAUGCGCUAAUUGUUGUGUUGUUGUGCUCUUUGGUUCCCGGCAUAUGCAAACGCUCCUCUAUAAUAUAGCUCAGAGCGGUC